AUGGGCCGCCCAGAUCAGAAAGCUCUGUGGAUGUUGUACGAAUGGUUAAUGCAUAGGCCAUCCCGGAGGAAAAUGUAUGCAAAGGGUGCGUUCAAAGUGCUGAGAAGCCGUGUGGUUCUCCUGGGCUGGGUUUUGAUUGCCCUUCGUUUGGUCUCGAACACAGCUGGAUUUUCUCAUGGCGCAAGUCCUGCUGCUUGUGUCACGAUGAAACCAAAACACAUCAGUGCUCAACCCCAGGACUCAAGCAGCAGCUAUAUUACAGUCUACACCAACAAAUCUUCCUACCUGCCUGGGGACAAAGUGCCAGUGACUGUACGGAGUACCCGGGACUUCAUGGGCUUCCUCAUCCAGGCUCGUCGUGUGGCCGAUGAUCGAAUCGCUGGGACCUUCAUUCUCAUUUCUCCUGGGUCUAAACUGCUGAGGUGCUUUGAGGAAGGAGACACAGUCACCCACUCUGACAAGACACUGAAGAGAAACCUCUCGUUUGUCUGGAAAGCACCAGACAGACCAGCUGGGGACAUCAAAUUCUUUGUUUCAGCAGUACAGUCGUACUUCAUUUACUGGGCUAGAAUCAAGUCUAGCAUUAUAUUCGACCAAACACAAAGCAAUCCCGUAUCUGAACUGAAGGAACUGAAGAAAAUGGCCCUGGCUUCUCAACGCAACAGUACGGCACAGAAUCUUCCCUUAACCGAAGCAUCCACUUUAUUGCCCCUGACGGUGGCAGAUCACCCAGCGAUUACCCAGACUGGAGAGUUAUCAGGUGAUGUCUUAUACACUCAAUUCAUCAGCACAGACCAAUUCCUCAAGCCACUCACUUCUAAAGCAGAGCAUGAGGUGCCUGUGCGUAUAGAAGACCACAGCGCUGUAAAUAAGCAAGCAAGCUCACUUCUGGAUCAGGACACGGAACUUCUGGAACCAUCUCUAAAAUCCAUUGACAGAGAGCAUCUUGUUCAGCCGAUGGAGAACACUAUUCUACUGAAAACCACAGAAUUUAGAACAAUGCACAGUGAGGAUGUCCUGCUUAGUCACAGUGACUCUCUGUCGUGUGCAAGUUGCAGUGAUAUUUUACAAGUGCAUCCUUGGAACAUUCCCACGUUUGCUAAUCCAGGAGCUUCAGAGGCAGUUUCUUUGCCAGUAACAACUGGCCGAGGUUAUCCUGUCUUUUGGAACACUUACUUCAGCGCUGUUGGGAAAACACAACUUUCGCCUGUGGUUACGCGAGAUGCCAAAAGAUCAGCAGCAACCAGUCUUCUGAGCUCAGGACAAUUUCCUGAUCUAGAGAAUAUGCAUCCAACACAAGCUGAUAACCAGCUGGUAUCAUACCGGGCUUCAGCGAACUUUCUACACUUGGCGGAAAGUUCAGGUUCCAGCACUGGUGUUGGCAAAGUGGUCAGAAACACAUCCCUGGGGAUGACGAGGCCAAUACAGAAAGGUGACUCAGGUAAGGGAGGGAGUAAUCCCACCAAAGGUGCAGAGCUAGGUAUUCCACAGCUUGGGAUCCUCCUUGGCUGUUCUGCUGCUCUCGGGAUGGCUCUGGCAGUGGGGUUGCGUCAGCUUCUCUCCCAACACUGCCAUAAACGCACUGAGGUGUCCUUCCGAGACCCGGACAGCAACAUCAUCAGUGUGGCAGAGAACGGUGAGCUGGUGCACGUUAGAAAGAUACGAGAAAACAGCUUUGUGUUAGUUCAGGCAGAAUAUAAUGUGAUCACGCCAUCAAGUACCAUUGGCAAGUAAUGGCAGAUUGAGAUAACGAGAACUGUACGGUUUUUAUUAAUUACACUGCACCCUUCUUUACUAUGCUAUUUGUUAUCAUGUGUCCUGGCUAAUAAUCCCCCAAGUAAAAUUAGUCAUUCCCUUCACGGACAUUUGUGGAAUACCGAUUUGUGCAAAUUGCCUGCCACAUUUAAGUACACAAGCACACUUCCUAGUA